UUUAGUGGUGUUGCAACAUCAAGUUGCACAGAUUCAAGUACAGGCUGUUCAAGUGAAGAUGCCUCCGAGCCCGGCUCUCCAUAUAGCCAACAUUCAACUCUAAGUGACGAUCAGCAACAUCAAAGGCAAUCAACCAAUAUUCAAAACACCAACAAAAUGUCACCACAAACAACAAUACUCGUUGCUAGCAGUAGUAACACGACAGCCAAUACAGGUACAACAGCGCCCAGCGGCAAUGUUGUUUCAUCGUCAUCAUCGACCACAUCGUCGACAUUGAAUGCUGCCAUUAGAACAAGUAAUCUGCCCGCAUCCCUUACCAUCACUCCUACAAAUGGCAACGGGAAUAGGGCGAAAACAUCCCUAACUCAAAUAUCAAAAGUUUCAAACACUGCCAAUACAAAUCGAUGUUCAAAUUUACCCACAUUACAAUGGCCAUGGAGUACAACUGCCACCAGCAUAGGUAACACAUCAACAUCUUCAUCAUCGAUACCAGCAUCAUCAUCAUCUAUUGCGGCAUAUUCAUCACCAGCAUCCACCUCAACGACAGGUACAAAUACACAUAUAACACAAAGCUCUGUGGCCACAACAAAUGCUUCAAAUCUUUCCAAGAAGCGUGUUGCUUCCAAUGCCAAUGGUGGACCCAAUGAUUCGGUUACUGCACCAAAGAAGCCUCGCUCCAAUGCAAACACAUCACAACCCGAUAAUCAUCAUGCCAUAUCAGCUGGCGGAGCCAAAAGACUGAAAGCUGCUGCUCUGGAGGAGUCUCAAACAAAAAUCACCGGCUACUUCAAAUCUCAAAUGAAGGCACAAAUGCAUGCAGCCAAUAGCAAAAAUGGACAGGGUCUGCAAUCUAUCUCCAAUACAAGUGUUAUGAUGACAACAACGGCCACAAGUUCGAAUCACCAAAAUAGCACAAUGACCACAAAUGCGUUAACCAUGAGUGCACCGGCCACAACGGCUUCCCUUAACAAAUAUUUUAAUAUAUUGGCCCAGCUGAAAGAAAACAGUAACAAGGCGGCCAGUAAUGGUGCUACAAAUAGUGCGAACACUGCUGCGGUCGGAACAACACAGCCGAAUGCCAGCACUGCAACUACAACACCUCCCCUGCAAGCCUGCUCUACACAAACCACAACAAUUUCUGUCUCAGCCCCACCGCCUCCUAUGGCGCCGACGAUAACAACCAGUUUCAGCAAUACAGCCGUUACGAUAACCACCACCAAGCCACAAAAUAUUUCGGUAACACCCAUGCCAAUGCCGGCCCUUAAGAAAAUUGAGCGGCCGAAACCCACAAAAAUUGCUCAAGUUGCACCAAAUCUAAGAAAAACACCUUCGACCAAUUCGUAUGGCAACCAAACAACGGCUAGCGGUAAAUCGCCAGCCAAGAAGCAUGUUGCCAUUGCACCGAGGACUCCCGAAAUGAAACAACAGCAGCAGCAACAGCUUAUGGCAAGUAAACAAGACAAUGCGAAACAGUCACCCGUGGCCAGUACGCCAACAACCACAUCGCAACAGGCCAACAACAAUACAUCCCCCACACAGCAACCAGCUGUUCUUUUAACAGCCAUAAGACUACCACCUGGCCAACAGACCAACCCAGCUACCACUAACCAAACAAAACAAACAAUUGCCACAAAUAAAAUCACUACCUCGAGUACGGCUCCUGCUCCGACGACUGCCACAGCUGCACCUGCAACAACGUUGUAUCAAUUGCCAGCCGUUCAGUUGCCCAAUCUAGUCCAGCUUCCCCAACUCUUGGCUGCCAAUGGAGCCAAUAUUAUGCAAUUGAAUAAUUUGGCUACGGCAGCAGCUGUUGCGAAAAACGUUGCAACCACAACGGCACCAACACCAACUGCUCCAGCAGCUAACUCUGCCACAUCGGCUCAGGCUGCUCAAGCAGCGGCACAGUAUUUCCUCAAUGGAACUGUCUUUAAGCUGCAACAAUUCACCACAGCUACAACAACUACUGCCACGGCGGCUUCGGCGGGAAAUAUGAAUCCUUUCAAUUUACUGAGUGCCAGCGAUUUGCAGGAUUUGUUGAUAAAGCAACAGCAACAACAACAGCAGUUGCAACAGCUACAGCAGCAACAACAACAGCAAAAAGCCACAACAAAUGCCGCUGCUAGUUUCCAAGAGAUUUUCCAACAACAAAUAGCAGCAGCAAUUGCAGCCAAUCAACAGCAGCAACAACAAGUUCAGCUGCAACAGUUGCAGAGAUUGGGAGCUGCGGCCAAUAUACAACAACAGCCAGUUUUUAUGGCCACACCAGCAGGCCUGCUUCUCAAUGCCGCAUCCUUGCCGGCAAUGUUGGCGCAGGCAGCAGCUGCUUUGGCCGUGAAUACUCAACAGCAACAGCAGCAGGCUCACCAACAGCAGAAAACAAUAGCACUGCCAGCUUUACAACCCAUACAGCAAACUCCGCUGCCAGCUUUAAGUUCCAUAUUUGCUCCUCAGCCACCGCAGCAGCAACAUCACCAAAAUGAACAGCAACAACACGAUAUGCAACAACAGCAUUUGGCCGCUCAAUUGGCAUUGGCACAACAACAGCAGCAGCAGUUCAUCUCAGCCACCCAACCACCGCCAUUGUCAUCAGUUACUUUGCCAACAGCCGCCAAUGCAUCCAACUUAACGCACAACAACAGCAAUAGUUCCACGAACAACAAUAGCAACACUACCACCGUUAAUAUCUCGAAUAACAGUAUGUCCGCACAAAUUACGCCAGUGAGUGCCGCAUCGAUUGCAGCUCAACAACAGAGCACGACCACUGCCAAAUUGGCCAUAGUUAAGGCCAACACUUCGCCUGUUGCUUACACGACGUUGAGCUCACAGCCGCCGCCAUUAGUUACCAUAUCGAAUGCGAAACCACGCACACAUUCGCUGGCGUCUUCUAACACGUCCACUGCCACACAAAAGCCUUCAAUAAUGGCAAAGCCCUAUCAAAAGCGAUCUCCAAAGGCACAAUCCCAACAAGUGAAAUCCUCAUUGGGAAAUUCGACCAAGACUACCAGUACGGGAAAAAUAACAACAGCCAGUGGGAAAAUUAUUGCCACACCGACAACACCGCCGCCCUUGGUACCCACCAUCACCCCAAGUGUCCAACAACCAGUUGCCCUAACCACAAUACCUGCUCCUGGCAUAAGGACAACUACAGCUACAAAUCUAUCAAAAAGUUCUCAAAUUCCAACACCGGCUUUAGUGAGUAUAGCACCCACAAAUGUUACACCGAUUGCCCCCAAACCGGUUCAAAGUAUAACAUGUGGCAGUGUAACCAUCAGUCCAGCAACGACUUUAUCCGGUCCAAUGAAGAAUCUGGUCAAUAUAGCACCAAAAAUUACAACGACCGUAACUACUACUGCGCCAAGUUUAUUAUCGACACCGACCUCGUCGUCGUUAACAUCAUCAACAUCUUCGUACAACAAAUACAACAGCGCCAACAACAAAACAACCACUAACUCAUAUCUGACCAGCAUGGCCAGCAACAGCAGCAAUACAGGAAAAUCAAAAGGCGCCAUUAGCAAAACCACUGCAUCCGAUCUCUUCGAUUUGGUUAAGAAUUCAAAUGGAGCAAUAAGUAUAACUCCCGCUGCUCCUGUAACAUCGCCAAAUGUAACUAGUUCCACACAAUGCUUUAGUGCUCCCCUCAAUUUUUCCACUUCCUCGUCAUCGGCUACCUCCUUCAAUACAUUUAAAUCUAUGUUGCCGUUGGAGAACUUUGGAAAAAUUAAAGAUGAACCUAUGGAUGAUAUGCCACCGGCACAAACAGUUGUUUCUACUGGCAAUAGUAGUAGUAAUAAUACGCCAAUGAUGGUUGCGCCACCAACUGUAUCGGAGGAAAAACCGGUAAUCAGUGAGACGCCUACAAGUUUCAGCGGACAAAUUCCCGCCUCGAAUAAUGUGCUGGUCAAAGAGGAGUUGAUAGCUACACCGACGUCAACCAAAGAGGAAGAGGUUUCAACGUCUUCCGAAAAAUCCAGCUCCCCUCAACCUAGCAAUAUAAAUAAUGAAUGUUCCUCAUCAUCGUUUACUUCCAAUUCCAAUUCAAUAUCAUCUGCUGCUGAUCUCUCCUUAGAAGCGUCAACGCCAGCAUCGAUAACGAGCAGUUCCGAAGCUCCAUCACCAGGAUGCUCAAUUUUGUCGCCUCUAAAUAGCAGCAAUAAUGAAUUUACAUCUACCAAUCCAUGUUCGAACUCCAACUCGGCUGGAGAUUCGAAUUCCUGUGAAACGGGCGGUGGGGCUUCGUCACGAGAUAUGCUCAGCGAAAUGGUUACCUCAACGUGUAUAUCAUCCAACUCUUCAGAGGCCAGUAUCAGUGUAUCCAUGCCGGAAAAUGAGGAUGGCAAGCAGGCCAGAGAUGGCUUGAAAACGCCCGAAGAUAACGAGGAUAAACAGCGUGAUUUGCCCACACCAGAAUCUGGCAUAGGUGGCAGUCUGAGCAAUACAGAAAGUAUGGAUUCUUCAUCCAAAUCGGAUGCUUCGUCGGAACAACAGGUGCCAUCGCCAACCUCGACUGACAGACAAACUCCACCAGCCACUCCAAUGAACAUUGACUCUAGCAGCAAUGGCAUGGAAGAAAGCCAAAACAAUACGUCUUCAUCGCAACUGACACAACAAUCUGAAGAUUCUUCGGAGAAAUCUUCAUUUGAUUUCCUCAGCAGUGCAAGUAACACAGCUACCAGCAACAGUAACACCAGUUCAACUCUGGCCACAACCAUAGACACCAAAUUAGCUGAAACCAGCUCCCCAGAAUUACCGAAAUGCGCUCUAUCGCCGAUACUGUCACAACCGAAGACCAUACGAUUCCCCGUAUUGGGUAAAAAUAAUAAACGUCAGGAUGGUGUCUGCUAUUGGGAUAAAUGCAAUAAGAAACACGAGAGCAAUUCCAAGCUUUUGGAUCACAUGCAGACACAGCAUGUCAAUUCACAAACUGGACCGUUCUCUUGCCUCUGGGUUGGCUGCAAAGUAUAUAACAAGGAGUCGUGUUCACGUCGGUGGUUGGAAAGGCAUGUCCUGUCACAUGGAGGUUCCAAACAAUUUAAAUGUAUUGUUGAGGGUUGCGGUUUACGUUUCGGAUCUCAGCUGGCCUUGCAAAAACACAUUAAUAAUCAUUUCACUGCCACCGAAAAUAAGGAAAGUACAAAUAAACGAACUUCUGAUCCUCCAGUACCAAAACAAUUACGCAAAAAUGGCAAAAAGUUACGCUACAGACGUCAACCGUUUUCAGCACGCAUGUUUGAUUUCUUUGAUGCUGGCAUUAUGGAAGGAUUACAACAUCGCCUCAGGCAAAUAUCCACUUUAACAAAUGGCUGCAAUUCCAUUACCUUCCAAGGACAGUGCAUUAUGAAACGCAAAACUUCCAGUGGCAAAACUGAGUGCUAUAUCCAAUGGUCUCCAAGGGAAAUAAUUUCCGAUGAAUGGCUGCCAGAAAGCAAGGAGGCAUAUCUUAAAACGGUCAACAUCAAACAAAUGAAACCUGCCGAAAAGAACAAGGUUGAAAGCUUACUUAUGACUGCCUAUAAACUGCCAUAUUCCCCUACAAUAUUCGAAAACGAUUAUGCUCUAAGUCAACAACAUCAACGUUUGAAAAACGAAAAAGACUCGUCUAGUAACAAUGACGAUGACGACGAAGAAGGAGAUGAUGGAGAAGAAGAUCAGGAGGACGACGAUGAUGAAGAGGAUGAAGAUGAGGAUAAAGAUGAUGAGGAUGCAACAACCACAACUGAAACGAUAUCCAGUUACCAGCAUGUUCUCUCAAUAACAAAUAUACAAUUGCAACAAAGACGUAAACAUCCGAGAAAACCACAAAAUCGCAUAACAAUUACACGUUAA